AUGUCCUACGCGACCGAUUUUGUAUGGGAUUCGCUAUUGCCCUCAGCGCCAGUCAUUUGCGCUCGAGGGCGCAAGCGUUCCAGAGACAACGCAACCACCAUCGGUCUCUUCCCCUCUCGCCACGGCAAGGGUACCUACGGCCCGGGUUCCCAUUACCGCGAGGGAACUCACCACCAACCGUUCGGUGGUGGUUCCUGGCGACUGGGGAGGAGGGUCAGCACGAGGAGCAGCGCCAAGUCCGCUUCGAGCGUCGCCAGACUCUACGACGGGUUCGAAUCUCAAGACUUCAUCUGGAGGAAAUCCCCUCCAGGCUGCCACCGUCAGCAGUACCAUCCUGGUCGCGGCGGUGGCGGCUACUACCAGCAGGGUCGUAUCCUUGGCCCCUACGACAACGACGACGAGAACCCACCACCAACCGUUCGGUGGUGGUUCCCGGCGAUCGAGGAGGAGCGCCAGCACGAGGAGCAGCGCCUGGUCCGCUUCGAGCGCCGCCAGGUCGGCUACCGUGGCAACGGCCAAUAUCAGCAGUUCGGUAGAGCCCGCCACCAGCAGUGUGCCGUUCUCCUGGGCUAUGAGGAAGUCAAGAACAUGACGAACGCUGAGAACUUUACAAAGUACGACGAAGCUGCCUUCAGAGCAGCAGUCUCCGCAGACCCAGAGUUUCGCUACUGCAUGUCUACUACCUGCAAGUCCGGUCAAUGCCACCCAGCCGGCAUUGAUGAACCCACAUUCUGUUGCAGAGAAUGCGGCCACAACCAUUGCUACCAGCACUCCCUUCAGCGUGCUCAGGAAGAAGAGGAGUCCCAGCAGGACGUCGCAAAGAGCAGUACAUCUGUGGGUUCGAAGCUCAAGACUUCACAGGGAACAUCUUCCCUCUGCCGGGCUUUGCUUGGCCAGUACGACCGCGGCACCUCCUUCGCUAUUGAGGAGGUGCGCCAGCAUGAAUCCAGUGGAGGUAUCGCUUCUCCCGGCAACGACACCUCCACUGGAUUCUUGCCUCUCUCACCCUCAUCCAACAUCAACCAAUUCACCUCCUUUGGCGGCUUUGGAGGCGGAGGUGCUGUUGCUCAGAUCAACAACGGCCACUUCCCCGCUGAGAACUACACAACCGCUGGAAUGGACAUGAGCGCCUGGUGA